CUUAGGACCGGGGUGAUGGAUCCCCACCAUAUUUGACACUACAUCAAUUUCACUAAUCCAAAUUGGAUAAUAUUAGCUACAAAAACGUGUGAGAAUGUGGCACAGGUUCGUGCUUACAUGCAAACAUUCUAGGCCAUGGUCGGGUCAGCAGGAUUCUCUUCGUCGAACCGGUUUAUGCAGAUGCAUCAUUAGCUAGCAUCCUGUGUUUGCAAACAAUAAGCUAAAAAAAACGAGAUCUAAACUCAAAACUUUUGAGAAGAGUUUUUGGGACAGUGGUUCAUUUUUUCUCCUUUUAGUGCUGGUAAAGCGCUGCUUCCAUUUUGGAACAUUCGCCUUCUUGCAAUUUGCACACAGCGCGCAUCUUUAGAACACAUCUUGAGGACCGAAGACUUGACCUCAUGGCCGCCGCACGUUUCCCCGGAAAAAGUGAGGGCGUGCCGGCCACCAACUGGAGCUCGCCAGCGGUGGACCGUCCUGUGUGCGUGAAUGGGACGCCUUGGAUCCUUUACCUGCUAGAGGAGUGUGUGGAGAACGUGUGGGAGUACAGCAGUGUGGUGAUUGGGCUCUUCUCCAUGUUGUGCUUUCUGCUAUCCACUUUGCCUCAGGUCUACGAAGCCUAUCGUAAUGGUAAAGUGGAUCAAGCCAUGUCUUUCGGCUUCCUCUUCUUCCUCUUCAGUGGAGACCUCACCAACUUCGCAGGAUGCUACUUCACCAGCCAGCUUCCCAUUCAGAUGGUCACAGUGAUAUUCUACAUCUUUACAGACGUGGUUCUCAUCUCACAGUUUAUUUACUAUAAGAUAAAGAACAACUCCAGCACAAAGAGCCCUGUGUUGAAGUGGCUGUGCUUUCUGUGGUGUGGCGCCGCAACAAUAUUCCUUAUAGUUUCACCCAGUCUCAUCUUAGACAAUAGCACAACUUCAGUAUCUCUUGGGACAACUACUUCUAAAUCAUUAGAAGUUUCUGGCUAUGUAUGUGGAUACCUGGCAUCAGUUUUCUACCUUGCAUCCCGCUUCCCACAGCUCUAUAAAAAUUUCCAGAGGCAGUCCACCGAGGGCACCUCCUACCUACUGUUUGCUCUGGCGAUGAUGGGCAAUGGGACAUACGGUUUGAGUGUCAUUGUAGUACUACCAUCACUAAAGGACUCCAGACACAAUUUCAUCAUCAAGCAUCUGGCCUGGCUCAUUGGGAGUCUGGGAGUCCUCGUUUUGGACUUCCUUGUAACGAUGCAGUUCAUUAUGUAUAAGAAAAACAACUCUGACAAACAACACACAGUACUCGCUGCAUUAGAAGUCGAACCUCUACUGUGUGAAGAAGAGGAGCUAUCAGCAGUUUAAGAAACCUGAGAAUCACCACCAUCUGUCAGCACUUUACUCAACAUAACAAUUACACACUAUUAAAAGGGACCAAUUAUGCUUUUUCAACUUUUCUGACCUAUAAAUGUUGUUAGAAUGUUGUAUUCUCGUAAUAAGUUUGGGAUGACUCUGAACGCUUGGUUUCAGAGAGUUUUUUUCUAAUACCAAGUUUUAUGAUGUCAAUGCAAUCCGGACUUCCUUAUAUGGGUGUGCUCGGAUAUGCUUUAAGCCCGCCCUCCCCCAGCUCUGCUUUUGCUCUGUUUAUGGUGUUAGCAAUGGUGAGGCAAGCAUCAGGCAGAAGUGGUUGGAGUCGGUGGUUCGUGGCCAGCAAGAGGAAAAUAUUUUUGUUUGUCAAUGGCAUUUCACAUGGAACAGUUUUGUGAACACCGGCCAAUAUGAAGCUGGACUAUAUGCCAAACUGUUGCUGAAGCCCAACGCCUUUCCAAAAACAAAAGCAGUUGUCUGUAACUGUGCAAUAAAUUGCUUUCUCAAAAAUGUGUUUCACUCAUAUUUCUUUUUUUUGCAAUUUGAAGCUCUACUUAGAACCUACAAAUGUAAAAUGUAAAUUUGUGGUCUUAAAAUUUUGUUUAGGGGUGUAUUUUCACUGAAGCCAAGUUUCAGCAAAAGAAAGUGCCUUUGACUUUGCCCAAAUCAUACCUGAAUACCUGUAAUGCAAUAUUCUAUCGUGUUAUGGUCAUGGAGUACCAUCAAAUAUGGUACACAGCCCAUUUGGAUAUUAAGUAAUGAUGCAAAUAUUUGUUGUACUUUUUGUGAAGGAAAGUUUUUUUCUGUCUUCUUAACAGGUCUUUACUGUGAAACAUCCAUUGUUGUCUUUAGCAAAAGUGUACCUACAAUAUAUGUAUACAUGAAUUGUAUAAAAUAUGGGUAAUACAUUUUAACUUGGUUUACAUUUACACUGCCAAUAUUUUUAAUAUUGUAAAAGACUAAUUGAUAAGAUUUGAAAAUUACUAAAUGUUCUUAGUGUCAACAUAACAACAUAGUGUAAAAUUGACAAUUGAGUCGUGAUAUUACCUCACAGUACUGUACUAGAAUCAUGUUUAUCAUGUGCUCAUGGUUGCCU